CUUCAGAGUCAGAAUCUCUUGGAGCUGAGUUUUUCUUUCAGUCCUUGACUGAGGAGACAGAAGGAAUCCUGCAAGCUGCUCUAAAGUAAACAGGAGAUGAAGACAAACGAAAGAGGGGUCACUGAUCUGUCCACAGUGGAGACUGACCUAGAGAACCCAGGGCUGGAGCUCACGGAAGAAGGAGAAAAUCCUGAGAGAACCAGAAGGACUGAAGAGCAAGGAGAACCAGAAGGAUUGAAGAGCCUUGGGGAUGGGCUUAGGUCUUCCACUCACCAGAGGAAGAGCCUACAACCUUUCACCAGGGCAAGAAGUUUCUGCAAAACACAUGCCGGCUUGUUCAAGAAGAUCCUGUUGGGUCUGCUGUGUUUGGCUUAUACUGCCUACUUCUUGGCAGCUUGCAUCUUGGAUUUCCAGAGAGCACUGGCCUUAUUUGUCCUCACCUGUUUGGUGCUCUUGGUUCUGGUUCAUCGCCUUCUGAAAGGUUUCAUUGGUAAAACAUUAACAAGAUGUCUGAAGCCCUUUAAAAACUCCCGCCUAAAUGUUUGGAUGAAAUGGGUGUUCGCAGGAGUCAUCUUGAUUGGCCUUAUCGUGUGGCUGGCUCUAGACACAGCCCAAAGGCCUGAGCAGCUGAUCCCUUUUGCAGGAAUCUGCAUGUUCAUUCUCAUCCUCUUCACCUGCUCCAAACACCACAGUGCAGUGUCCUGGAGGGCAGUGUUUUGGGGUCUGUGUCUUCAGUUUGUCUUUGGGAUUUUGGUCAUCAGAACUGAUCCUGGAUUUAAUGCAUUUCGAUGGCUGGGAGAACAGGUUCAGACUUUCCUGAACUACACUGUGGCUGGCUCCAGUUUUGUCUUUGGGGAUGUGCUGGUCAAGGACGUCUUUGCUUUUCAGGCCUUACCGGUCAUCAUUUUCUUUGGCUGUGUGAUGUCUAUUCUCUACUACCUGGGCCUUGUGCAAUGGGUCGUGCAGAAGAUCGCCUGGUUUUUGCAACUCACCCUGGGCACCACAGCCACAGAGACCCUAGCUGUGGCAGGAAACAUCUUUGUGGGUAUGACAGAGGCACCUCUGCUCAUCCGUCCGUACCUUGCAGACAUGACGCUCUCUGAAAUACAUGCAGUGAUGACUGGAGGGUUUGCCACCAUUUCAGGCACUGUGAUGGGAGCCUUCAUAUCUUUUGGGAUUGACCCGUCAUCCUUGAUUUCUGCCUCCGUGAUGGCUGCCCCUUCUGCUCUUGCCUUGUCAAAGCUGGUCUAUCCAGAGGUGGAGGAAUCCAAGUUCAAGAAUAAGGAGGGGGUAAAAUUGCCCCGUGGGAAGGAGAAGAAUGUUCUCGAAGCUGCCAGCAAUGGCGCCACAGAUGCAGUAGGCCUUGCUGCUAAUGUAGUAGCCAACCUGAUUGGCUUUCUGGCUGUGUUAGCCUUCAUCAAUGCUGCCCUCUCCUGGCUAGGAGAGAUUGUAGACAUACAAGGGCUCACUUUCCAGUUGAUCUGCUCCUAUGUCCUAAGGCCCAUGGUUUUCAUGAUGGGCGUAGACUGGGCAGAUUGUCCAAUGGUGGCUGAGAUGGUGGGGAUCAAGUUCUUCAUAAAUGAGUUUGUGGCCUAUCAGCAACUGUCUCAAUACAAGGACAAACGUCUCUCUGGAAUGGAAGAGUGGAUCGGGGGCAAGAAACAGUGGAUUUCUGUAAGAGCUGAAACCAUUACAACAUUUUCACUUUGUGGAUUUGCCAAUCUUAGUUCCAUAGGAAUCACACUGGGAGGCUUGACAUCAAUGGUACCCCACCGGAAGAGUGACUUGUCCAAGAUUGUGAUCAGUGCCCUCUUCACAGGGGCCUGUGUAUCCUUUAUCAGUGCCUGUGUGGCAGGAAUCCUCUACGUCCCCAGGGGAGCUGAAGCUGACUGUGUCUCCUUCCUAAACACAAGUUUCACCAAUAGAACCUAUGAGGCCUAUGUGUGCUGCAGAGGGCUCUUUGAAAGCAAAUCUGGUCUAAACUCCCGCACUUAAGAGGGCUGCGCUGUAAAAGAAGAAAGCAUGACAAAGUUCAACAGCAUCACCUGCAAAAGAGCCUCACAAGCGGAAGGAGCAAACAGGAAAAGCCGGGACUGAAUGCAACAUCUGCAAACGUAACGCCGACUCCUGGGGCCAAGAGGCGCUCCCAGGCGAGCACCACGGUGUGGCAAACAUGCGUAUUCCGCUCUCUGGGAGGCGCCACAGGCGCUUGGCUUUCGCCAACAAGGGCCCCCAGGGUCCCUGGUGUAGGAGCCAAAGGCAGAGAGACGAGAGGAAACUGAGGAAGAGAGUGGUUAAGAGAAAAGCUAGGGAGGACAAAGAUGAAUGAGAGUUGCGAAAGGGGGCUGCGUUGGAAUGUGUGAGGAGUGUGGUCAGGGGACCAUGGGAUGAGGAGAGUGGCCCUCAGAGUCGCUGAGUGGGUAAAGUCUAUUCCCUUAAACACUAACCAUAAAGCCUCUCUUGUGCAUAUUGUUCCAUUGCCUGCCGUUUUUGCUUAAGGUGUGUGGACGGUUUUCUAGGGCAGUACAUAUAUUUAUCUCAUUCGUUUUAGUGGCUGCAUGGUGUUCCAUGUAAGAAGGUACCUAAGUUAUCCGUUUCCCUAUUAAUGGACGUUUACAUUGACUUAUAUUUGGCCAAUAUUUUCUAGAAGCCUAACUGAGGUAGGCUGAAGUUUGUGUUUGACUCCCAUUUCUGACUCUUCUAUAGAUGCUUGAUUUACUCCUGGUGAAAGUCCUUGGCUAAGCUGUUGGCUGCCAAGCAUUUGAAAGGUUAUCACCUUUCUGGGAGUAAUUGACUUUUCUUUUUUAUUUUUUAAAUUAAAGUUUAUUAGGGUGACAAUGGUUAGUAAAGUUACAUAGGUUUCAAGUGUACAAUUCUGUAAUACAUCCUCUAUCUAUCAUCACAUUGUGUGUUCACCACCCAGAGUCAGUAAUUGACUUUUAAGACAGGAAUAAAAAGAUCUGGAGCCAGAAGCUCUGGGUUCAGAGUCCUGGCCUCCUCUCAAGCCAUGUGAACAUUCUCAAUCUCUCUGCAUAACAAAGGUAAUGAUAACCAUAUCUAUCUUACAAGUUGCUAGAAAAUAUGAAUUAAUAAUGCAUAUGAAGAAAACCACAUUGUGCAAAUGGUAAGGUGCUCCAGAGCUAUGCAUUUCACAAGCAGUUAAAGUGUAAGGACCUUAGAGAGCCUUUGCUCCUUUAUACAUGAACAUUUGCUUGGCACUUAUCACUUCUGGCAUUACUUAAUGAGAUAUACAUGUUUGUUUUCUUUCCCCCAUUUAAUCCAUACAACAACCCUUUGAGGAAGGUACUAUUACUAUCCCAGUUUUCUGAAUGAGGAAAGAUAGGCUUAGAGAGAUUAAGUUGCUCCCUUAGAGUCAAGUAGUGACAGAGUUGGGAUUUGAGCCCUGACUCGGAUCCAAAGGCCUCGCCCUUAACCACUAUGUCUAUUCUCAUACAUCCCAGCCCUCGCUGUCUUUCUUGUGCUUGCUCCAGCCCAGUCCCUCAAGGUCCACUGGUUUAACUCAAGGGAUCUCAUCAACUUCUAACAUAUUUAUACUUUCUGAACUACUUGCGUACCAAUCAUGUCCCUGCUGUGUGGCAUCUUGCAUUUUUGUCUCCUUUUGUCUAUUGCAGCAAGUAGAAAAAUGGUCGCUAUAAAAUCUGGUGAUUUCCCUAAAGAUUGAAUUGUCUUUAUUUAAAAGCUACUUUUACCAGCUCUCUGAAUAUGGACCUCCAUGAGGGAAGAGGCCAAAUCUGUUUUGUGAUCAAAGCCCAGGAGCUCACACUGCCUAAAAAAAAAAAAAAAAAAA